AUGAAAGUCCUUUAUCUGCUGCUGGGGAUCUUCUUUCUCGCAAAAGAGGCUCUUUGCGAUAGUAAAAAUGUGGAGAAAAAUAGUUCCUUAGAACCUAAGGAUUCCUCAGCUGCUCAGGAUUCCAGCCAGAGGGAACGAUUGUUUGGCUCCUUCAGCACCACGACCUACACAAUCGUCUCGGCCAUCACCUCCACCGUCUUCUUCUCCUGUCUCUCGGGAACAGAUUCCACAGUCUGUAGAGGACGAAACGCAAAGCGAUUCCGAAGAGGCUCCAAGUCGAAAGCCAUUGAGUUAGCCGACGACACUGACCCGACCCUGCCGUUACUUGAAUCGAGUGACGUCGCGGAGCCCCUCACGGAAGACAGAAAUGCCGCAGCGGAACCCCAAGCCGAUAAUCAGAAGUUUGGCUUCACUGUCUGGACCACAGCUCGAACCACAACCUCAGUCACCGUCUUCUACACCAACACGUCGACGACCAUCAGACUCUCGUACUUCUGUAUUGCUGGUGGCAUACAACUCCCGAUUAACAGGUGCGGCUAAGAACAAGAUUCAGGCUGCCAGUGAGUUUCAAGGGAGGAGCAACAAGAAGUGACUAUGGCCAAUUCUCAUUUAUUAACACUGCAUAAGGAGAGCAUUAAAAUCAGAGCGAGCAAAACCUAUCGGAUACUCAUUCGUUGUGACAGAAUGAGCACACUCGCCAAGUUAUAGAAAGGAUGAUUUGGAAGAAGAAAGCCUAGGAGUUCCUUCUCUUUUCCUCCUCCCACGAUACUCGCGAUUUCGAUUACUUAUCGACCACAACCAUUCUAAUACAGUAUUUCUAUUUGUAUUUAUGUAUUAUAUUGUCAAGACUCUGAGCUACGUUUUUUUAAGCAGAUAAAUGUAUAUAAUCUCUUUCAAA